AUGGAGUUAGCGGAGCAGACAUUCACGUCGUGUCGCUCCCGCGAAAGCUCGUCUGGUCGAAGUGACCGGAAGCGUCCCAGAAGGGAUGUGUCUGAGGACAGGGAGUCUGUGGGGGCGUACGCCGCUUCGGACUGUGAGAGCGAGGUCUCAUUAGCCUCGUCAUCACGCGUUGAAGAGUAUCGGAGACUCGCCGCUGAAUCGGCGCAGCCCUCCGACACCGACCAGGCCAAGAAAGAAGAAGAGGAGAGGCAGAAGAGGGAUGCCAGGGCGGCGGUCCGGGACAUGAUGAGUUCCGGAUUGAAACCGAUCGACCCUUCUUCUGCCAAAGAAAUGAUUGAAGGCGGCCUUAUGGCAGUCCUGGAGGUAGCUCGUACCUCCAAGAAUAUCAAGGGCUGCCUUAUAAAGAAGAUGAAGGACGCGGUGGAGGACAUUCAGGGCGGCGUUCGCGCCCUGACAAAGUCCACCGGGACCGAGAGUCUGUUGGCGGAGAACGCCAGACUCAGCCGGGAGCUUGAGGAGCUGCGGGCUAAAGUCCAGUCCGUCGAAAGGCGGACUGCCCCAGCGGCCCAAGACGAAGAAGAGGAAAGGAUGAAGCGCAUCAUGCUGUCCGUCGGGACGAUGAUGGACGCAAGACUGGCUGGGGUCAUCAGUCGACUCCCGCCGGAGCCUAUAAUGCGUCCGCCAUUGGCGGCGGACAGAAGACGCGCGGAGGCGGAGGCUGCAAGCCGUGGGCCCAAACCUGGCUACAGCCAGGUCCUCAAGGCGGCCCCGGCCCGGAAAGCAUCAGCGCCGAAGACUGCGCCGACGCCGGCGCCACGACAGGCGCCGAAGCCGACCCCCAAGCCGGACCCAAAACCGGCCAAGGGGAAGGCCAAGAAACCGACGGGGCAACCUGCACCGGCUCUAGCACCGGCGACAGUAGAGGCGCCGGCCCUGGCAACAGCGGCACAAGAGCCAAGCACGUCGGAGACUGUGGAGGAAGGGUGGACCACAGUCUCCAACAAAAAGAAGAAGGGGCCGAAGCCUAAGGCGCCGGAGCAGCCGGCGGCGAAGCCGGCCAAGAGAACCCCUCCCACAAAGAAGCAGGAGGGGCGAAAACCGGCGACAAAGGGGCCGAAGAAGGAGUCGGGGAGGACGCGGCGGAGAAGGGGUCAGCGCCAGAGGCGUCUUGCCCGCACCUCUGCUGUCGUCCUCACCAUAAGCGAGGAGGGGGCACAGAAGGCCCUCACGUAUGAGACGGUCCUGCGGGAGGCGCGCGAGACCAUCGACCUCAAAAAGAUGGGGGUCGACAUGGAGGUCGACCCAAUCCGCAUACGCAGGACGCAGACCGGGGCUCGGGUUCUCGAGCUCCCGCAGAAUGUUGGUCGGGAGGCGGCUGACGGCAUGGCAGAAGAACUGCGUGCCAGGUACGGCGGUGACGUCAGAGUCACUAGGCCUGUGAGGUGCGCGGAGCUCCGGGUGUCGAACCUGGACGACUCCGUCACCGUGCAGGAGAUCCUCGACGUUGCCGCGCGUCAGUCGCAGUGCGCUCCCGACCAGCUCAAGGUGGGAGAUUUGAGGCCCAGCUACGACGGGAAAUUCAGCACGGUGCUGAAGUGCCCACUGGAGGCGGCACCAAAGUUAGUUACCACCAAGACCCAAAAGUUCUUGGUGGGAUGGAGCUCGGCGCGGGUCGUGCAGCUUGAAGCACGACCCAUGAAGUGCUUCCGCUGCCUCGCACUAGGCCACACAAGGCCAGUGUGCAUGUGCCCCGCGGACCGCAGUGGUUUAUGUUACCGCUGCGCGAUGCCAGGGCACAAGGCAGCGGAGU